UGGUUGAGCCAAGAUGGCGUCGCCCAGCUCGUUAUGGCUUUUGGCUGUUGCUCUCCUGCCGGCGUCCUGCUCUGCCCUGAGGCUGGGGCGCCUCGACCCGCCCGCGCCCCGGCCGCUGGUGAUCUGGCAUGGGAUGGGAGACAGCUGUUGUAAUCCCUUAAGCAUGGGUGCUGUCAAAAAAAUGGUUGAGCAGAAAAUACCUGGAAUUUAUGUCUUAUCUCUAAAGAUUGGAAAGACCCUGAUGGAGGAUGUGGAGAACAGCUUCUUCUUGAAUGUCAAUACCCAAGUAACAACAGUGUGUCAGAUUCUUGCUAAGGACCCUAAAUUGCAGCAAGGCUACAAUGCUAUGGGAUUCUCCCAGGGAGGCCAGUUUCUGAGGGCAGUGGCUCAGAGAUGUCCCUCACCUCCCAUGGUCAAUCUGAUCUCAGUUGGGGGACAACAACAAGGUGUUUUCGGACUCCCUCGGUGCCCAGGCGAGAGUUCUCACAUCUGUGACUUGAUCAGAAAAGCACUGAAUGCUGGGGCUUACAAGAAAGCUAUUCAAGAACGCCUGGUGCAAGCGGAAUACUGGCACGACCCCAUAAACGAGGACACGUACCGCAACCACAGCAUCUUCUUGGCAGAUAUUAAUCAGGAGAGAGGUGUUAAUGAGUCCUACAAGAAAAACCUGAUGGCCCUGAAGAAGUUUGUGAUGGUGAAAUUCCUCAAUGAUUCCAUUGUGGACCCUGUGGAUUCUGAGUGGUUUGGAUUUUACAAAAGUGGCCAAGACAAGGAAACUAUUCCCUUACAGGAGACCACUCUGUACACAGAGGACCGCCUAGGACUGAAAGAAAUGAACAAUGCAGGACAGCUAGUAUUCCUGGCUAUAGAAGGGGAUCAUCUUCAACUGUCUGAAGAAUGGUUUAAUGCCCACAUCAUACCCUUCCUUGAGUGAAACCUUUGCAAAUUGCACCAGAGCUCAGGGAGCCCCAGCGCUUACAAACCAGUGAAGACUGUUCCCUUCGUGCCCAAGCCUGAGCUUGAUCUAGCUUGCAACUAACCCUUCUCUAGCCAUCAUCUAACAUGCCUUUCUCGGAGAGAUCUAAGAUCCAAAUCUUAUCCUUUGCCUCAUCCUAUCAGCAUAUGGUAUUGAAUGCAACUUUAAUUAGUUAAUAACCACAGAGAUUAUUUUAUAACCA